AUGGCCACUACUGUCACCCCUCAACCAAAGCCUGUGGCCGCCCGAGCUGCCCCUACCGCUGCUGCUCAAGCUCAAGCUCAAGCUGUGUCUACUACUGCUCAGCCUGCCAAGCCGGGGAUGCCGUUGCCCGUUAAAGCGACCGUUGCCAUGGCGCAGGAAGUGAACCCGCCGUUGGUCGAGGACGCCGUCGACGAGGAUAUCGCCCCCGAGUACGUCUACGGCGCCGAAGAGGCCAACCCGGACGCGAUCAAGGACACCGAUGUGUUCGCCCUUGCUGGCCAGUGGGUGGACGCGUGGAACGCUGAGCUCGAGGCGUUGAACGCCGCCGACAGCAACCGCAAGCCCCAGUGGGACCACUUGGUCGCCGCCCACGCCCAGUUGAAGGACCAGUUGGCGUUGACGUUCGACUUCCACCAAUACGACUCCCGCGACAAGAUUGCCAAGGUGCUCACCGAGACCGCCCCGAAAGUGCACCCCCGCAAGUUUACCAUCGACACCAAGGCCGACCCGCGCUACCCGAACUCGGUGUCGGUGCAGACGGUCCACCCCGCUAGUGGCAGCACUCCCCCCAUUGAAUGGGUGCAGGUGGUGUGUGACUUUGAGACCGACCAGGGGUACGGCAAGGCGCUUUUGCGGUUGAUCUCCGUCAGCGACGACCAGGCUCCCGGCGGGCUCAAGGCCUACUGUAUCUACACUGGUUUGGACCAGAUUAAGGGCCACGAAGAACGCCUUGGCGCUCGCCGCGGCGAGGGUGUCAACCACGGCCAGCACGAAGGGCGCACCCUGUGGAAGGAGAACCGCGAAGCCGACUUCGAAUGGGGCCAGGACAAGCAGCCGACGGUGCUUAUCGUUGGUGGCGGCCAGGGUGGUUUGAAUACCGCCGCCCGCCUCAAAGUGAUGGGGGUGGACUCGCUCAUCGUCGAGAAGAACGACCGGAUCGGCGACAACUGGCGCAACCGGUACAAGUUCUUGGUGUUGCACGACCCCGUGUGGUACGACCACUUGGCGUACAUCAACUUCCCCGACACCUGGCCCGUGUUCACCCCGAAGGACAAGCUCGGCGACUGGUUCGAGAGCUACGCCCAGCUGAUGGAGUUGCUGUACUGGACCCAGCGCCUCGUGACGGGAGCCGAGUUUGACGACGCCACCAAGACGUGGACGGUCCAGGUGAAGAACUUGGCCACCGGCGACACCACUACCCUCAACCCCAAGCACGUCGUCAUGCUGACGGGCCACUCGGGUGAACCCAACGUCCCCCAGUUUAAGGACCAGGACAAGUUCAAAGGCGAGAUCCACCACUCGUCGCAGCACACCACCGGUAAGGCGUACCAGGGGGAAAACUGUCUCGUUGUUGGUGCCUGCAACUCCGCCCACGACAUCGCCCAGGACUUCUACGAGCAGGGCGCCAUCCCCACGUUGUUGCAGCGGUCGCUGACGUGUGUGAUCAACUCGGAGAUCGGGCUCAAGAUCACCACCGCCGGCCUCUACGAAGAAGGCGGGCCCCCUACGGCAACCGCCGACUUGAUCUUCCAGCUGAUCCCGCUCAAAUUGUUGAACAUGGUGAUGCAGCAGCAGUACCGCCAGACGUGCAUCGCCGAGAAGGAGUUGCACGACUCGCUCAAGCGUGUGGGCUUCAAGAUGGACGCCGGCUACGGCGGCACCGGGCUCUUCGGCAAGUACUUUAGACGUGGUGGCGGCUACUACAUCGACGUCGGGUGCUCGAAGUUGAUUGCCGACAAGAAGAUCAACUGGAAGCAGGGGGUGGAAAUCGAUCGUUUCACCGAAAACGGCGUCGUCUUCACCGACGGGUCGACGAUGGACAACGUCGCCUGCGUGGUGUUGGCCACCGGCUACUCCAACAUGCGAGACACCGCCCGCCGCAUCUUUGGCGAUAAAGUCGCCGACCGCUUGAACCCGGUGUGGGGGUUGAACGACGAAGGCGACUUGAACACGAUGUGGCGCGACCUGGGCCACCCCAACUUCUGGUACAUGGGGGGCAACUUGGCGUUGCUGAGAUUCUAUCUGAAGAUGUUGGCGUUGCGCAUCAUCGCCGAGGAAAAGGGGUUCAUUGACCACUAG